AUGUUGAAAUGGUACCAACCCAUAAAAAGAAGGCCAAGAGGUUUUACUGCGUACAUAAAGAGUGUAUUCUUCGAAGGCACCCUUAGUUCUGGAGAGGUUUGGUAACUGUCUCUACUAAUGUCCAGGGGCGCUUGAAAGAGAGCCACAAGGAUCUAUAUGCAAUGCUAAAGUUUAGAUAACAAGAGGAUAAUGCACAAAGCAAACUCAACUAAAGGAGGAGUAAGAUUUCAACUGGUCUUAUUGCUACUCAUAUGAUGCCACCUAUGAACGAUAGAAAAACCAAUUGUGAGCGUCCAUCUGGCACAGCUCGAUGUUAUUGUGCAUCAUUUUUCGGUUACUGCGCCUCUGAAGUGUCAUUCCUAGCAAAAUUGCCAGGGGGCAUAGCCAGCCCAUACUGAGAUCUGUAGGCCCAAGCCUAAAACUUUUUGGUUUGAUCACUCUACCGCUUGUAAUAAAUUAUGCAUUGCUGGAGUGAGCUUAAAAGGUUAAGUCUAUUGGUGAGGUCAGUGUGUAUUAGCAGUGCGUGCAAUUUUCAGGAUAUCUAUGUUAAAUGAAAGUCAGCCAGGCCUACAACUGGUCGAAAAGCUGGCUACACCCUUGACUGCUUGCUGAUCGUGGUAGUGAGCUUUCUUUGUAUGUCUGAUCCACAAUAUUUGUCCUGUAUCCUUUCGUUUCUCUAUUAAGGUUUUGCUCAAAUAAAUUUUCAAGAAUGCAAACGGCUGUCUCCUAUAGGUUUUGCCGCACGGAUUAAAGAGGGCCCAAAAUCCAACUUGCAAUGACAUUGAACCUAUUAAUGAUUCGGAGAUGGACGCUCUACAGCUUCAUAGGCUCCUCGUUAGGCCCUGUUCCUUAUUCCCAGUAAAUUUUCACAACAACAACAGCAACAAAAGUACGUUUCAUAUUAGCUUGCGAUAUUUGGUGGUGAGGUGAGGCACGAAUAUUUGUAUUCCCUACUAGGUUAUUUAGUUUCUUUUCAUGAUUUAUUUCAGUACCGUGCAGUACACGAAAAAAUUACUCGCAUAAUAAGAUGAUUAUCGAAAUAGUGAAUGCUGCUGAUAGAAUCAAGGGAAUAAUCUAUCCACAAAAAGUAACUGGUUUGAUAAAAAUAACAUCCUACUAUACGUAUAUUACUUUUUUUUUUUUUACUUCAGACAACAUUGAUUCGGGGUGACGGGAUUUACGGCGUUUAAAAAGAAUGAAAUAAUAAAUGAAUUAAAUGUUUGUAAAAAGCACCCGUUUUAAACAAGUGUGUCAACUACUUUUGUCCCUCAUGUAGCUUCGCAAAAUAGUAAUAAUUUCUUGCAAAAUUACAACAUUUUGAAAUGACUUUUAAAUACGACUCAUUAAUAACGGUUUUGGACUGAUUAGUGUUCAACUCGGUCUGUAAUGAUACGAGUGAUUACUGAAAUGGACGACACAAAGUCCUGGUAUCAAUUAAUCAUAACCAUUGCAAUUUCCGAGGAAAUAAAUACAUCCUUUUUGGUGGAAGAGCUUUUAAUAACAAUCAUCCAAAAUAAGGGAAACUUUCCCCAAUUUCUCUCUCAGAGACAGUCUAAUGUUACAAAUUCGUCCAAUUUGGAGAAUCCCCAGUUUACUAGGUUAAGCGGUUGUUGCUAUGCUUAUUGAGAUAACUUCUGUGAUUGGUGGAUUUUUGCCAAGUGCAGUUAAUAAUGAGUUUUAGAAAUAAAAAGAGAAGCCUCCAGAGUCGUCAGGAAUUGAUCAGUAGUUUUAUGUUUACACUUAUUUCCAUGGCAAGAAAACAAAUUUAAAGGACGACAAAAGAGAGAAAGAGAAGUGAAAAAUGCAGAAGCAGAGCAAACUCCCCAAAACAGAACAGGAAUAUUCACACAACACCAGCUCUUUGGCCUUGAACUAGAAUUUGAACUAAAAGAAAUUGUGUCAAGUAAUGAAAUUUCCGAUAUUUCUCAAAGACUGCAACUUAGUGAACCCCAAGUUAGACCUUCGUUUUAACACAGACGAGCAAAAUGGAGGAGAAAAGGAAUGCUACGCAGACCUGAUGCUCACUGCAAAAGGAAACUUUACGCUUAAAAGCUUGUUAACUGGAUUUAUAGCCAUUGACAUUUUUAUGGUUGGUGGCUUCUAGAGAAGCCGUUUUUUUUUCUAAAUAGCCUUAGCAUUCAAAGCUAAAGACUGUCAAUUAUCUGAGCUAUUUUAGCUGAAAAGCUGUCCUUUUGUUCCUGUUGUUCUUCUUUGGAAAACAAACGUUUCAUCACUGAUUGGCAGUUUUCUUUACUGUCCAAAUUUGUGCUGUGAAUCUUCUUCAUAUGCCUGUCAAGCCAUGAAAUGAAUAUGUUGAUUGACAUGCUUCACCAAAGAGCAGUUUACUAGGUUUUGAAGAGGAUGCUUUAAAUUGUUCUUCUUGGUCUUUCUUGGAUGACAUCGUUUCAAAUGUUUGUCCAACCCUUUGAAAUACAAGCCAGCUUGUUAACAACCAGAAAAUCAGCAGUAAACAUCUGAAGCCAUGAUUUCUAAUAACGCUUACUCAGUAGCUACGCAAUCGAACUUUGUCUGCCAUUGGCUUGGCAAUACAAAUGUACAAUGUACACCUGGGAUUUGAGGCCAGAUGUAUUUGCAUAAUCAUAGUAAGCACGUGGCACCUCGUGCUUGACUUCAUUUGCCUAUCAAAAACGCAAAACAAAUAAUGCCUUCUCUGCAGAGCGCACUAUGCGAUUCGUGCCAGGGUUCAGUGCUAUUUAGAGUUCAACCCUCAUUUAAAAUGGAAUUACUGUUUUUCGAUUUUCUUUUAAAUAUUUUCAAUUGCUCGAAUGGUUCCCUGCCUGGUGGCUACACAGAAUUUCUUCUCAUUUCUCGUUUUUCCUACUUUUUCCAUUCAAAGGAGAAAAGGUUUAACACUUAAACUUGGUCUUAAUGUAACUGUAAUGAAGUUGAAACGAAUACAAUAAGCUUCUCUCCAAUUUUUUUUUUUUAGGGACAAAAUCUUAGAAAAAUUGUGUCUUGGGACAGGAAGACAUGAAGCUGAACUGUAAUUUGGUAUGUAUAUUAUUUCGUCCCGAGAAGACCAUUUCAAGGUUUUUUUUUUUUUCCUUUGAGGGAAAGGAAGAACAACAGGAAAACAUGGCCAAUCUUUGCUUUAAAGCGCUAACAAGUGUAUGCUGCAGUUAAAUGGUCAUCAUUUGUAAUAGUCGAUCAUGCACACGCAUUAUACCUGUUUUAAGACAGAUGUAGACUUUACAACAAGUUGACUUUUUUUUUGAGCAACAUAGUUGUGAAAAGAGUGCCCAACGAAAAUGGACUUUCAGAAAGUCUAAGGCAGAUGUGUAGGAAUUUUAGUACCUUCUGGAGGCCUCGGUUGUCGGCUUUGGGUUUACCUCUAGCAAAAUUUGGUUUCGUGUCUGGUUUGAAUUUGCAACAGAACCUGGAAACAAAAACUUUUUAACCUAUUAAUUCAUUGAUCUAGACCAUUUUUAUAAGCGUCAAAGAACACAAUACAAUACCUGCACCAAAAUGGUGUCGCUCACCGAGAUCUUAAGCCAGCAAAUAUCCUGAUCAGCAAUUAACAUUAUUGUGAUUUGGCAAUCGAUGAUAUAGAGCAAGCCUGGGAAUGCCACCCUUUAGUUCGUAAAGUUGCUGAUUUUGGCGAAGGCUGCUUUGGUGAAAUACAGACUAAUUCCAGUCUACAGUCCAAAACGAAUCGCGUAAACCAAGGUACACCCAUGUAUAUGGCCCCCGAGAUGCUAGUUGAAGAGAUGCGAUUGCCAGUUGCAUCAGCAGUCUUUUGGCAUGAUCUUCUCUGUCCUUAUUAAUCGUAGCAUCUGGUACCCAUACUAUGGGAAAAUUCAAGAAGCCCUAGAGGAGGGGAAAGCGCCUAUUUGGACGUUUGAGAAUCUCUUUAAGAACAGGAAAGUUUGAGUUUGAUAGCAGCUACACGGUGGAGACCAAGAAUGAAAAGAUAUAAUGUGACAAGAGCUGCAAAUCCUUUCGCGAUGGUGGUGGUUUCUGCCCUCAUGUUCUUGUUGUUGCAGAGAAAAUUGAAAAGCUGCGAAGCUUCAUGGAUUCCUACAAGAAAUCUAGUAACAAACUGGGCAACAUCAGCGCAAACCUCCCUAAACAGCUUGGGGGGAAAGCCAAAUCAAGAAAAGAAACCAAGAAGAGGAAAAAACAAUGUGAGCCAGGAACCAGUCCUGUUAGAGGAAGACUAUUCCGACAUGAUGGCACCAAAACCCAUGAGGUAAACCGAAUAUUACCAAAAUGACGAGCCCUUCUAUGUAGUAUUCAUUCAUCACUAUGCAACGCGCAACAACAUGCAUUGGUUGCACAAAUGAGUUCCCCAAGCGAGUACAGAUAGCACCCUACAACAUUGCCAUACUUCGCAAAGAGCGUUACUGGUACCUAAAAAAAAAAGAUGAUCAAGGGAAUGUUGAAAUGGUACCAACCCAUAAAAAAGAAGGCCAAGAGGUUUUACUGCGUACAUAAAGAGUGUAUUCUUCUUCGAGGCACCCUUAGUUCUGGAGAGGUUUGGUAACUGUCUCUACUAAUGUCCAGGGGCGCUUGAAAGAGAGCCACAAGGAUCUAUAUGCAAUGCUAAAGUUUAGAUAACAAGAGGAUAAUGCACAAAGCAAACUCAACUAAAGGAGGAGUAAGAUUUCAACUGGUCUUAUUGCUACUCAUAUGAUGCCACCUAUGAACGAUAGAAAAACCAAUUGUGAGCGUCCAUCUGGCACAGCUCGAUGUUAUUGUGCAUCAUUUUUCGGUUACUGCGCCUCUGAAGUGUCAUUCCUAGCAAAAUUGCCAGGGGGCAUAGCCAGCCCAUACUGAGAUCUGUAGGCCCAAGCCUAAAACUUUUUGGUUUGAUCACUCUACCGCUUGUAAUAAAUUAUGCAUUGCUGGAGUGAGCUUAAAAGGUUAAGUCUAUUGGUGAGGUCAGUGUGUAUUAGCAGUGCGUGCAAUUUUCAGGAUAUCUAUGUUAAAUGAAAGUCAGCCAGGCCUACAACUGGUCGAAAAGCUGGCUACACCCUUGACUGCUUGCUGAUCGUGGUAGUGAGCUUUCUUUGUAUGUCUGAUCCACAAUAUUUGUCCUGUAUCCUUUCGUUUCUCUAUUAAGGUUUUGCUCAAAUAAAUUUUCAAGAAUGCAAACGGCUGUCUCCUAUAGGUUUUGCCGCACGGAUUAAAGAGGGCCCAAAAUCCAACUUGCAAUGACAUUGAACCUAUUAAUGAUUCGGAGAUGGACGCUCUACAGCUUCAUAGGCUCCUCGUUAGGCCCUGUUCCUUAUUCCCAGUAAAUUUUCACAACAACAACAGCAACAAAAGUACGUUUCAUAUUAGCUUGCGAUAUUUGGUGGUGAGGUGAGGCACGAAUAUUUGUAUUCCCUACUAGGUUAUUUAGUUUCUUUUCAUGAUUUAUUUCAGUACCGUGCAGUACACGAAAAAUUACUCGCAUAAUAAGAUGAUUAUCGAAAUAGUGAAUGCUGCUGAUAGAAUCAAGGGAAUAAUCUAUCCACAAAAAAGUAACUGGUUUGAUAAAAAUAACAUCCUACUAUACGUAUACUUACUUUUUUUUUUUUACUUCAGACAACAUUGAUUCGGGGUGACGGGAUUUCUGGCGUUUAAAAAGAAUGAAAUAAUAAAUGAAUUAAAUGUUUGUAAAAAGCACCCGUUUUAAACAAGUGUGUCAACUACUUUUGUCCCUCAUGUAGCUUCGCAAAAAUAGUAAUAAUUUCUUGCAAAAUUACAACAUUUUGAAAUGACUUUUAAAUACGACUCAUUAAUAACGGUUUUGGACUGAUUAGUGUUCAACUCGGUCUGUAAUGAUACGAGUGAUUACUGAAAUGGACGACACAAAGUCCUGGUAUCAAUUAAUCAUAACCAUUGCAAUUUCCGAGGAAAUAAAUACAUCCUUUUUUGGUGGAAGAGCUUUUAAUAACAAUCAUCCAAAAUAAGGGAAACUUUCCCCAAUUUCUCUCUCAGAGACAGUCUAAUGUUACAAAUUCGUCCAAUUUGGAGAAUCCCCAGUUUACUAGGUUAAGCGGUUGUUGCUAUGCUUAUUGAGAUAACUUCUGUGAUUGGUGGAUUUUGCCAAGUGCAGUUAAUAAUGAGUUUUAGAAAUAAAAAGAGAAGCCUCCAGAGUCGUCAGGAAUUGAUCAGUAGUUUUAUGUUUACACUUAUUUCCAUGGCAAGAAAACAAAUUUAAAGGACGACAAAAGAGAGAAAGAGAAGUGAAAAAUGCAGAAGCAGAGCAAACUCCCCAAAACAGAACAGGAAUAUUCACACAACACCAGCUCUUUGGCCUUGAACUAGAAUUUGAACUAAAAGAAAUUGUGUCAAGUAAUGAAAUUUCCGAUAUUUCUCAAAGACUGCAACUUAGUGAACCCCAAGUUAGACCUUCGUUUUAACACAGACGAGCAAAAUGGAGGAGAAAAGGAAUGCUACGCAGACCUGAUGCUCACUGCAAAAGGAAACUUUACGCUUAAAAGCUUGUUAACUGGAUUUAUAGCCAUUGACAUUUUUAUGGUUGGUGGCUUCUAGAGAAGCCGUUUUUUUAAUAAUAGCCUUAGCAUUCAAAGCUAAAGACUGUCAAUUAUCUGAGCUAUUUUAGCUGAAAAGCUGUCCUUUUGUUCCUGUUGUUCUUCUUUGGAAAACAAACGUUUCAUCACUGAUUGGCAGUUUUCUUUACUGUCCAAAUUUGUGCUGUGAAUCUUCUUCAUAUGCCUGUCAAGCCAUGAAAUGAAUAUGUUGAUUGACAUGCUUCACCAAAGAGCAGUUUACUAGGUUUUGAAGAGGAUGCUUUAAAUUGUUCUUCUUGGUCUUUCUUGGAUGACAUCGUUUCAAAUGUUUGUCCAACCCUUUGAAAUACAAGCCAGCUUGUUAACAACCAGAAAAUCAGCAGUAAACAUCUGAAGCCAUGAUUUCUAAUAACGCUUACUCAGUAGCUACGCAAUCGAACUUUGUCUGCCAUUGGCUUGGCAAUACAAAUGUACAAUGUACACCUGGGAUUUGAGGCCAGAUGUAUUUGCAUAAUCAUAGUAAGCACGUGGCACCUCGUGCUUGACUUCAUUUGCCUAUCAAAAACGCAAAACAAAUAAUGCCUUCUCUGCAGAGCGCACUAUGCGAUUCGUGCCAGGGUUCAGUGCUAUUUAGAGUUCAACCCUCAUUUAAAAUGGAAUUACUGUUUUUCGAUUUUCUUUUGUAAUAUUUUCAAUUGCUCGAAUGGUUCCCUGCCUGGUGGCUACACAGAAUUUCUUCUCAUUUCUCGUUUUUCCUACUUUUUCCAUUCAAAGGAGAAAAGGUUUAACACUUAAACUUGGUCUUAAUGUAACUGUAAUGAAGUUGAAACGAAUACAAUAAGCUUCUCUCCAAUUUUUUUUUUUUGGGACAAAAUCUUAGAAAAAUUGUGUCUUGGGACAGGAAGACAUGAAGCUGAACUGUAAUUUGGUAUGUAUAUUAUUUCGUCCCGAGAAGACCAUUUCAAGGUUUUUUUUUUCCUUUGAGGGAAAGGAAGAACAACAGGAAAACAUGGCCAAUCUUUGCUUUAAAGCGCUAACAAGUGUAUGCUGCAGUUAAAUGGUCAUCAUUUGUAAUAGUCGAUCAUGCACACGCAUUAUACCUGUUUUAAGACAGAUGUAGACUUUACAACAAGUUGACUUUUUUUGAGCAACAUAGUUGUGAAAAAAGAGUGCCCAACGAAAAUGGACUUUCAGAAAGUCUAAGGCAGAUGUGUAGGAAUUUUAGUACCUUCUGGAGGCCUCGGUUGUCGGCUUUGGGUUUACCUCUAGCAAAAUUUGGUUUCGUGUCUGGUUUGAAUUUGCAACAGAACCUGGAAACAAAAACUUUUUAACCUAUUAAUUCAUUGAUCUAGACCAUUUUUAUAAGCGUCAAAGAACACAAUACAAUACCUGCACCAAAAUGGUGUCGCUCACCGAGAUCUUAAGCCAGCAAAUAUCCUGAUCAGCAAUUAACAUUAUUGUGAUUUGGCAAUCGAUGAUAUAGAGCAAGCCUGGGAAUGCCACCCUUUAGUUCGUAAAGUUGCUGAUUUUGGCGAAGGCUGCUUUGGUGAAAUACAGACUAAUUCCAGUCUACAGUCCAAAACGAAUCGCGUAAACCAAGGUACACCCAUGUAUAUGGCCCCGAGAUGCUAGUUGAAGAGAUGCGAUUGCCAGUUGCAUCAGCAGUCUUUUGGCAUGAUCUUCUCUGUCCUUAUUAAUUGAGCAUCUGGUACCCAUACUAUGGGAAAAUUCAAGAAGCCCUAGAGGAGGGGAAAGCGCCUAUUUGGACGUUUGAGAAUCUCUUUAAGAACAGGAAAGUUUGAGUUUGAUAGCAGCUACACGGUGGAGACCAAGAAUGAAAAGAUAUAAUGUGACAAGAGCUGCAAAUCCUUUCGCGAUGGUGGUGGUUUCUGCCCUCAUGUUCUUGUUGUUGCAGAGAAAAUUGAAAAGCUGCGAAGCUUCAUGGAUUCCUACAAGAAAUCUAGUAACAAACUGGGCAACAUCAGCGCAAACCUCCCUAAACAACUUGGGGAAAGCCAAAUCAAGAAAAGAAACCAAGAAGAGGAAAAAAAAAUGUGAGCCAGGAACCAGUCCUGUUAGAGGAAGACUAUUCCGACAUGAUGGCACCAAAACCCAUGAGGUAAACCGAAUAUUACCAAAAUGACGAGCCCUUCUAUGUAGUAUUCAUUCAUCACUAUGCAAACGCAACAACAUGCAUUGGUUGCACAAAUGAGUUCCCCAAGCGAGUACAGAUAGCACCCUACAACAUUGCCAUACUUCGCAAAGAGCGUUACUGGUACCUAAAAAAAAAGAUGAUCAAGGGAAUGUUGAAAUGGUACCAACCCAUAAAAAAAAAGGCCAAGAGGUUUUACUGCGUACAUAAAGAGUGUAUUCUUCGAAGGCACCCUUAGUUCUGGAGAGGUUUGGUAACUGUCUCUACUAAUGUCCAGGGGCGCUUGAAAGAGAGCCACAAGGAUCUAUAUGCAAUGCUAAAGUUUAGAUAACAAGAGGAUAAUGCACAAAGCAAACUCAACUAAAGGAGGAGUAAGAUUUCAACUGGUCUUAUUGCUACUCAUAUGAUGCCACCUAUGAACGAUAGAAAAACCAAUUGUGAGCGUCCAUCUGGCACAGCUUGAUGUUAUUGUGCAUCAUUUUUUCGGUUACUGCGCCUCUGAAGUGUCAUUCCUAGCAAAAUUGCCAGGGGGCAUAGCCAGCCCAUACUGAGAUCUGUAGGCCCAAGCCUAAAACUUUUUGGUUUGAUCGCUCUACCGCUUGUAAUAAAUUAUGCAUUGCUGGAGUGAGCUUAAAAGGUUAAGUCUAUUGGUGAGGUCAGUGUGUAUUAGCAGUGCGUGCAAUUUUCAGGAUAUCUAUGUUAAAUGAAAGUCAGCCAGGCCUACAACUGGUCGAAAAGCUGGCUACACCCUUGACUGCUUGCUGAUCGUGGUAGUGAGCUUUCUUUGUAUGUCUGAUCCACAAUAUUUGUCCUGUAUCCUUUCGUUUCUCUAUUAAGGUUUUGCUCAAAUAAAUUUUCAAGAAUGCAAACGGCUGUCUCCUAUAGGUUUUGCCGCACGGAUUAAAGAGGGCCCAAAAUCUAACUUGCAAUGACAUUGAACCUAUUAAUGAUUCGGAGAUGGACGCUCUACAGCUUCAUAGGCUCCUCGUUAGGCCCUGUUCCUUAUUCCCAGUAAAUUUUCACAACAACAACAGCAACAAAAAAAGUACGUUUCAUAUUAGCUUGCGAUAUUUGGUGGUGAGGUGAGGCACGAAUAUUUGUAUUUCCUACUAGGUUAUUUAGUUUCUUUUCAUGAUUUAUUUCAGUACCGCAGCAGUACACGAAAAAUUACUCGCAUAAUAAGAUGAUUAUCGAAAUAGUGAAUGCUGCUGAUAGAAUCAAGGGAAUAAUCUAUCCACAAAAAAGUAACUGGUUUGAUAAAAAUAACAUCCUACUAUACGUAUACUUACUUUUUUUUUACUUCAGACAACAUUGAUUCGGGGGGUGACGGGAUUUACGGCGUUUAAAAAGAAUGAAAUAAUAAAUGAAUUAAAUGUUUGUAAAAAGCACCCGUUUUAAACAAGUGUGUCAACUACUUUUGUCCCUCAUGUAGCUUCGCAAAAUAGUAAUAAUUUCUUGCAAAAUUACAACAUUUUGAAAUGACUUUUAAAUACGACUCAUUAAUAACGGUUUUGGACUGAUUAGUGUUCAACUCGGUCUGUAAUGAUACGAGUGAUUACUGAAAUGGACGACACAAAGUCCUGGUAUCAAUUAAUCAUAACCAUUGCAAUUUCCGAGGAAAUAAAUACAUCCUUUUUUGGUGGAAGAGCUUUUAAUAACAAUCAUCCAAAAUAAGGGAAACUUUCCCCAAUUUCUCUCUCAGAGACAGUCUAAUGUUACAAAUUCGUCCAAUUUGGAGAAUCCCCAGUUUACUAGGUUAAGCGGUUGUUGCUAUGCUUAUUGAGAUAACUUCUGUGAUUGGUGGAUUUUUGCCAAGUGCAGUUAAUAAUGAGUUUUAGAAAUAAAAAGAGAAGCCUCCAGAGUCGUCAGGAAUUGAUCAGUAGUUUUAUGUUUACACUUAUUUCCAUGGCAAGAAAACAAAUUUAAAGGACGACAAAAGAGAGAAAGAGAAGUGAAAAAUGCAGAAGCAGAGCAAACUCCCCAAAACAGAACAGGAAUAUUCACACAACACCAGCUCUUUGGCCUUGAACUAGAAUUUGAACUAAAAGAAAUUGUGUCAAGUAAUGAAAUUUCCGAUAUUUCUCAAAGACUGCAACUUAGUGAACCCCAAGUUAGACCUUCGUUUUAACACAGACGAGCAAAAUGGAGAAAAGGAAUGCUACGCAGACCUGAUGCUCACUGCAAAAGGAAACUUUACGCUUAAAAGCUUGUUAACUGGAUUUAUAGCCAUUGACAUUUUUAUGGUUGGUGGCUUCUAG